GUUUCCAAGAUGGCGACUGUGAAGCGUGAACUAACGAAGAAUUUCACGUCAGAGAAGGUCGUUCAUCACACCAAGGUCUCCAUUAUAGGAACAGGAUCGGUCGGUAUGGCUUGUGCAAUUAGCAUCUUAUUAAAAGGCUUGAGUGAUGAACUUGCUUUUGUGGAUAAUGAUGAAGGCAAACUGAUGGGUGAAACAGUGGAUCUCCAACAUGGUAGCCCUUUUAUGAAAAUGCCAAAUAUUGUUUCUAGCAAAGAUUACCUUGUCACUGCAAACUCCAGUGUAGUGAUUAUUACAGCAGGUGCACGCCAGAUAAAAGGAGAGACACGGCUUGAUUUAGUGCACCGAAAUGUGUCUGUGUUUAAAUUCAUGAUUUCCAAAAUUAUCCAGCACAGUCCUCGCUGCAAACUGAUUAUUGUUACCAAUCCAGUGGAUAUCUUAACCUAUGUAGCCUGGAAGCUGAGUGCAUUUCCCAAAAACCGUGUUAUCGGGAGUGGCUGUAAUCUGGACACUGCCCGUUUCCGUUUCUUUAUUGGUCAGAGGCUUGGUAUUCACCCUGAAAGCUGUCAUGGGUUGGUCCUUGGAGAGCACGGAGAUUCAAGUGUUCCUGUGUGGAGUGGAGUGAAUAUUGCUGGGAUCCCACUGAAAGAUCUGCAUCCAAAUAUAGGAACUGAAGAAGACUCUGAGCGGUGGGGAGAUGUUCACAAACAAGUAGUUUCCAGUGGAUAUGAGAUGCUAAAAAAGAAAGGAUAUACUUCUUGGGGAGUUGGCUUAUCUGUAGCUGAUUUAACGGAAAGUAUUUUGAAGAAUUUAAGGAGAGUGCAUCCAGUUUCUACUAUAAGUAAGGGUCUCUAUGGAAUAAAUGAAGAAGUAUUCCUUAGUGUUCCUUGCAUCCUGGGAGAGAAUGGCAUUACCGAUGUCAUAAAGGUAAAGUUGACCCCUGAAGAGGAGGCCCUUCUGAAAAAGAGUGCAGAAAUUCUUUGGAAAAUUCAGAAGGAGGUCAAGCUUUAAAGUUGUUUAAUAAAGCUACUUUUCUUAAGUUAUUGAAGAAGAGACAGUCAUUAUAGGAUUACAUAUGAACUCUGAAUUCCUAAAAGCUUGAAAAGGGAACGGUUCUUAGCUUCCUCUUUGAUUAAGCAUCCAGAUAUUGGAUAACAGCUAACUCAGUACAAUUCCUAAGAGACUGUCAGACGUGUUUUGGUACCUUGUCUUGUACUUGCCAUCUGAUCCAGAACACUGUAUGAUGUGUGCAUCCUGUAUGACAGAAGUUCUACUCCUCAGGUAUUCUCUUACCCUAGCUGGCCUACACUUAUGUUCAUGUAUAUGCUAUAAAAAA